CUGCUCCACCAACAACCACCGUGCUCCGCCGUUGAACACCAUAAAACCCAUUUCCACCAUGUCGGACUCCGGCUGUGCCAGCUGUUGCCGGUGCUGUUUCAGCUUCAUACUAACCUCAGGCCUCACAGCUCUCUUUAUGUGGCUCAGUCUCCGUACAACAAACCCAAUUUGCUCCAUCCAAUACUUUUACGUUCCUGCCCUCAACAAAACCUCUAAUUCCCAAAACAACACCACCAUCUACUUCGAUCUCAAGCUCGACAACCCAAACAAGGACAAGGGAAUUUACUACGAUACCCUCAAUCUCACCCUUUAUUACGCCCCCAACAAGACAUUUCCUAUAGCCAACCAGUCCUUUCCGAGCUUUUACCAAGGGCAUCACAAGCAUACUAGCCGGACAGAGACGGUGGCGACACGUGGCGUGCCGUGGAAGGAGGUUGUGGCGGCGGAGAAUGGGUCGACGGUUUUCAGGGUGGAUUUGGUGACGGCGGUGAGAUUCAAGAUCUUGGCUUGGAAGACCAAGAAGCAUAGAUUGGCUGUGGGUGCUGACGCUCAAAGAAGAAGAAGGCAAAGUGGUAUGUUUGGGAACACGGUUUAA